ACUAUUGUAGACAGCAGACGCUCAAUGUUUCAGUUCAAACUCCGCGCGCGGACGGAACAGAUGUGUUCUUUUUAAUAAAUUAUAUGAAAAAAAAAAACAUCGCAAUAAAAUUACCAUAAAUAAGUCCUUAGUGUUCGAGUGACGGAAACAGAAAAAAAAGUGUUUUAUUUCUUAUUGCGGAUUUAAAAACUAAAGGAGAUACAUAAAAUGACAAAAUGCUUCGGAUCAGCUACGCUAUCCUUCUCAUCGUACUUGUUACUGACGUGAGGAGCCAAUUUUACGAUUUCUUCUCGGCGUUCCAACUAGUGCAUUCGACACCGCGCUACCAAUAUGACAUAACAACGAAAAGACCCAAGACUGAAAAAGUCAUAAAAACCACCGAAAAUCCAAGAAUACCUUACAUCGAAGAUGUAUACAAAGAUAUUUACAAAGAAAAACAAAAUCAAAACUCUGAUAUCGACAAUGUUCGCGUCACAACUGUGAAACCAAUCAGGAAAACCACAAAACAAAUAUCUAGUCAAAAUUAUAGUCCGAAUUCCAGAGAAAGAAUUCAGAAUAAAACUCCGAAAGUCAGAACAUCAAAACCAAAAGAAAUAACCGAUAACAGAGGAAUAGUAAACAUUAGAUCACAAUCUGGAGAUGAUAGAAUUAUAUUUGACGAUGGUAGAAGAAAUACCGUUAUAAGCUAUGAAACAACAAGACGAUACCAAGAUUAUGAGUCAAAGAAGUACCAAACUGAGUAUCCUUUUACAAUCCGACCUGGUGUUAAGCCAGCUGUUGUUAAUGGGCCACCAAUUACAAAUAAGCCAGCGACGCAGAGACCGAGUUUUGAAACUAAACCGACGCAGGAAGACAUCACAGUCAGUCCAGAACUCAUUAUUGGACCAAAUGAAGACUACAUGACUACAGUUGAAAAGAGAAAAUACAUUGAAUUAGCUGAAAAAAUGUGCGAUAAAUACAAGUCACUCGACCACAAGCAGGUGCAAGCUAUACCCUUGCUACCGUCCCCAGACGUGGUCAAAGUUAACGUGUCGACCUGUACGCCGUCCACCGUGCCCCUGGUGGUAGGUGGUAAGGUGGUGACGGUGAACGAGUUCCCCCACAUGGCGUUACUGGGAUGGUUGAAGGUCCGAUAUGGGGGUUACUCUUGGAAGUGCGGGGGCUCUCUGGUGAGUAACCAGUAUGUGUUGACAGCGGCGCACUGCGCCUACCAGGAAAGGGACAAUAGUGUUGUUACCGGUGCACCAAGAGUUGUCCAGUUGGGUUCAUCGUUUAUGGACGAUCGCAACGCUAUCCUCAUCAAAGUAGCAGCCGUGAUCAGACAUCCCAAGUACAAGCUGCCGAGAUCCUACUACGACCUUGCGAUCGUCAAAAUGGCGACCACUGUUACGUUUUCGAGCGUAGUGAAGCCAGCGUGUUUGGGGGUACCACCACCACCUGGAAAAUCGAUUAUCGUCACGGGAUGGGGAAGAACUGAGUUUGGUGGUGAUCAGUCGCAGGAACUGCGGAGUGCGUCCAUACCCGUCUGGAAUAUGGACGAGUGCUUCAACGUGCUGGGAACUUCUAGGAAGAUUCCAGAUGGACCGAUGAGCGACAGUCAGAUGUGUGCUGGAGAGAAAAGAGGAGGAAAAGAUACUUGCCAGGGUGAUUCAGGAGGCCCCGCACAAGUUAUAGACGGUUGUACGUGGCGCGUGGUCGCUGUCACAUCGCUCGGCAGGUCCUGUGGAGCUCCCAACACACCAGCUUUAUACGCCCUGGUGCAAAAAGCCUUCAUAUCAGCCGUGGUUUUCGGUGACCAGAUCAACAAAAACAAAUUGACAACCCAGUCGAACCAACAGUCGAACGAUCAGUGGAGUCAUCCGUGGAACAACAACCAACAAACCAACACAGAACGGAACAGGAACCAACAAAAUGCUUACAAUACAGAAUCGAAUAUCAGAAAUCAACAGUCUAAUAAUCAACAAUGGAAUGGUAACCAACAAACUAAUUCAGAACGGGGCAAUAAUGAACAAAAUGUUUAUAAUACAUAUUCGAAUACCAGGAACCAACAAAACAACAAUCAGUGGAACAACAAUCGACAAAAUAUUUAUAAUGCCAAUGUUAACAAUAAUAAUAAUCAACAAAACGACGGUUAUUAUAAUUCGAACGAACACUAUUACAACAAUGAUUUUACAACAGUCAGACCGAAUUUCAACAAACCACGUAAUAGCUAUUAUAACGACAACGGAAAUGAUCGUAUACCUGACUACCCAGCGGAUAGUAAUGUAUUCUACAGCGGUAGUAGGACAUGGUGGACAUAAUAUUUGUGUGUAUGUGUGUUUAUGAGUUGUGUCAAUAAAUAAGUGAUAUAUGAGUGACUUAAUUAAUUUAAGUUAAAUAUUGUAACUGAUAGUUUCAAUGUAAACGCAAAUUAAAAUAUAUUUAAUAC